UGUGCAGUAUGGCGGACGAUGGAGACAGUUCGAGCGGACCAGUUGACACAAGCGGCGGGCAGGGGGCAGCGGAUGAGUCGGACGGGCUCGGCCUUGGCGGGAUGUUGCUGAAUAUUAGUAUUUUGGUUCUGGUGGUGGCGGUCUGUCUGGUGGUGUACCGGCGGUGGGGCAGGCGGCUCGGCGCCGACGCGGCCCAGGGCGACGAGGCCUCGGCUCUUCCCAAGAUGAGGAGACGGGACUUCACUCUGGAGCAGCUGCGGGAGUACGACGGACUCCAGAACCCCCGCAUCCUGAUGGCUGUCAACAUGAAAAUUUUCGACGUGACCAGCGGCAAAAAGUUUUACGGGAAAGAUGGUCCUUACGGCAUUUUCGCGGGCCGGGAUGCUUCAAGAGGCCUGGCCACCUUCUGCCUGGAGAAAGACGCCCUGCGGGACGAGUACGACGAUUUGUCAGACCUCAACGCUGUACAGAUGGAGAGCGUGAGGGAGUGGGAGAUGCAGUUCAUGGAAAAAUACGAUUACGUCGGGAGGUUGCUGAAGCCCGGAGACGAACCAUCGGAGUACACGGACGAGGAGGACAUCAAGGACCACCUGAAACACGACUGAGCGGUUCCAUCACACCGACCAAAGCCAGGAGCCCCAAACAGCUGCGACAGACCGCCCCAGACCCCCCAGACCACCUCCUCCUCCUGCCCCAUCGAUCUACCUGCCACUCUCUUUGCCUGCCCCACUCCCCAAAAACUCUUCACCUCCUGAGUCUGUACGGUGCCGUGGCUGUUCUGGAAGGACGGGACUCAAGUCUCAACGCCCAGACCUCCCUCCCUCUUCAUCCUACAAUGAUGACCACCAACAGAAAGCAAUUGGAAACCUUCGACGAGGGGCUUUUUUAAUGACAGCAAACACGUCUGGGGGGAGAGCGGUUGUGCCAUUAGAUGUAUUUGAAACAAAAUCACAAAAUAUGUAGGGGGAAGGGAAGGGGAUACGUGUGGUCAUUGUGGUCGCCGCUGAGCGCUGGGUGGAGGUUGGUCGGAGUUAGUCAGAAACGCACUGGUCAAAGAUGAUCAGUGGAUCGGGAUGGGGAAACAGAUUUCUCUCUUUUUAUCUGUGGUUUAGUCACAUUGCAACUGAAACUGCUUCAGCUUUGGACAGCUUAUCUAUCAAUCAAUCAUUUCUGUUUCUUUUUUUUUUUUUUCUUUUUGGUUCAAUCAUCCCCCCUUGUUGAGAGGGCAGUGCUGUGGCCUAACCAAAGGUAAUUGGCAGGGCGUUGCAUUUUCCUGUUGUGUUUGUAGUGUAUGCACUACUAGUUUUCUUUGUUUGUCACCAUGUGAUUGUAUUUGUUGAGUAGCAUAGAGAGAGAGAGAGAGAGAGAGGCUGAGACGGAAGGCUUUUUUUUCUUUUCUUUUUUCUUUUUCUUUUCUUUUAUUAUUUUUUUUCUUUGUUUUUUUGGAUGGGUUUGGGGGGGGGUCAAAGGUCCUUGCCAUAUGAAACCUGUUUUGAAUCACAUCAGAUGGACUGAAUCACUGAUCGGGAAUACAAAGGGAAGGUGAUAAGGCAGUCCUAAUCAAUCGACUCAAUUGUUUACAUGCCUCACAAGCCAGCUGCAAGUCUGUAGAUUCCCCUGAAAAUGGUCCAAGUAUUAAUUGUGCCUUAUUUUGUUUGUUGUGUCAGUCCUGACAGGUCUAACAGAGGAGGUGAGCGAAGGGAUGGAGGUGUUGGUUUUUCCUAGACUCAGUGCCCCAGACUUUAAAGAAGGCAUAUGUUCUGGCAGUCGUCCACACACAGACUGUAAUAUUUCCCCACUUCACAAACUUUGUAAAUAGACCGUAUGAAUUACUCAGUGUUACUGCCAUAUUUAUGUAGAUGAUGAACUCCAUAUACGUAUAAUGCUAUGUCGUAUUGGCCAAAACCCCCAUGGUUUGUGUGGUUUUUUUUUUUGUUUCUGUUUUGUUUUGUUUUGUUUUGUUUUUCUUUUUGUUUUGUUUUUUU